AUGGCGCCCUCUGCGGAUGGUGUUCAGCAGCCGUGUGUGCUCCAUGGACUGUCGCGAUGGUACAUGGACACGCGAUGGCUGACUGCCACCUCCCCAUCUCUGCCGUUGCUCUCGACCCUCCGCCCGCAAGACCAAGAGACCGUCAAGGCGUACUACCAUUUGGCUGACAGGCAUAUGUCUCUUGCAUCAUAUUUGCUCAAAUAUUUAUUUAUACAUCGUGCUUGUCGUGUGCCAUGGGAUAAUAUUGUCAUUAGUCGGACUCCAGCGCCUCACAAAAGACCGUGCUAUAUCCCGUUAGUCUCAGAGGAUCGCGAUGAAAGCACAGCACCUGUUCCAAACAUUGAAUUCAACGUCAGCCAUCAAGCUUCGCUCAUCGCGUUAGCCGGCUGCGUUAUCCCUGGGGAUUUUAUAAUCGAAGCACCUCCGGCAACUGCAAGCACACCUGCUAAACCCUCCCCUACUACGGCCCCUGCCACGCCGCAGGUCGGCAUCGACAUAACUUGCACAGACGAGCGCUCUCGGCGUGGCCAGAACUCAAUUCCGGCAACGGAAGCAGAAAUGCAUUCUUUCAUAGAUAUCUAUGAUCAAGUCUUCUCAUCUCGAGAACUGGACACUAUGAAAUCCCUCCCUCUCUGCCCUCCGCGCACUGUGCCUUUGAGCCUGGGAGAAUCGAUUCAAUACCGUCUGCGCCGCUUCUACGCGUAUUGGGCUUUGAAAGAAGCAUAUAUAAAAAUGACGGGCGAAGCAUUGUUAGCGCCCUGGCUGCAGGAGCUGGAAUUUCUCAAUGUCAAUCCGCCGGAGCCGGCGAUGGACGGGGAGCGACCGGUGUGGGGGCCACCUGAGACCGGGGUGCAGGUGUGGCUAUAUGGGAGGCAGGUGGAGGAUGUGAGGAUCGAGAUGGUUGCGUUUGGCAGAGAAUAUUUGGUUGCGACGGCGACGAGGGGAGGCUCUGGCUUUGGAGCUAGCUCAGUUGAAUUGGCCCCUUGGGGUGAUUUCAGGCUUGUUGAUAUCGAACGUGAUGUUACCCCUUGUGCCACCGGCCAAUGUCAAUGUCUAAGGUGA